AUGGAUUUCCUAGCUACACAUAACAAGAUUCUAGAGAUACAAAUCACCCGAUUGGCACAAAAUGCUAGCUUUUCUUCUAGGCCUUCGGGCAUGCUACCUGGACAACCCGAGACGAAUCCCAAGGAUCAUGUGAAUGCUAUAUCCCUUAGGAGUGGAAAACAAUAUGAGGGACCUAAGAUGAAGGAAAAUGAUGGGGUAGAUGAUCAUCAUGAGGAAAAGGAAGAAGAAAAAGUUAAGAAAUAUGUGUCUCCCGCUCCUUACAAGCCUCCUCUACCCUUUCCCCAAAGGUUAGCUAAUGCUAAGUUAGAAAAGCGAUUCGGAAAUUUUUUGGAGAUUUUGAAAAAGUUGCACAUCAAUAUCCCGUUCACUGAGGUUAUUUCUCGAAUGCCUUCUUAUGCUAAGUUCUUGAAAGAGAUCUUAUCUAAUAAAAGGAAGUUGGAUGACUAUGCAACUGUGGCCCUCACUGAGGAGUGUAGUGCUAUCAUCCAAAAUAAGUUGUCUCCUAAACUUAAGGUCCAGCAACUUGUAAAUCAUUACUCAGCUGAUCCACUUGAGAAAUGUUUGGUAAGCGACGAUUCAAUAAAUGAUGAAGACCUUGAGGUAGCCACGUAUGCUCAAUCCUUAGAAUCAACAUUAACUGCUCCAUUUCGAAAUGCAAAGCUUGAAAAUUUAAUGUUAGAGCCAAAAAAUUCUACUUGUGAAGAGGAUAAAACACCAAAUGUAGAAUUAAAACCCCUCCCUUCCUCUUUAAGGUAUGAAUUUCUUGGCCCCAACUCUACUUAUCCUGUGAUUGUGAAUGCAUGUCUGAAUGAAAAUAAAACUGAUAAGUUGCUUAAAAUACUUAGGAUGCAUCACAAGGUCAUAGGAUACACCAUGGACGAUAUUAAAGGAAUCAACCAAUUGAUUUGCAUACACAGAAUUCUCUUGAAAGAUGAUCAUAAACCCUCUAUAGAGCACCAACGUAGAUUAAAUCCUAAGAUGAAGGAAGUGGUUAAAAAAGAGGUGCUUAAGCUACUAGAUGCUGGUGUAAUCUAUCAUAUUUCUGAUAGUAAAUGGGUUGAAGGAAGCAUUGAUAACAGCUCCUAUUAUGCAACCGUAGAAGCGAUAGCAUCCCCCACCAACGAUGCUAAAGUAGUUGUGAAACUAUUCAAAAACGUUAUUUUUCCAAGGUUUGGGGUGCCACGGACGAUAAUCAGUGAUGAUGGUUCACACUUCAUAGAAAGAAAAUUCGAAGCUCUUUUAAGAAAGUAUGAGAUCACUCAUAAGGUUGCCACGCCAUACCAUCCUCAAACUAGUGGUCAAGUGGAGGUUUCGAAUCGUGAAAUUAAGAGUAUAUUGGAGAAAACAGUUAAUCGUUCGAGAAAGGACUGGUCUAUGAAACCCCCGGAUGUCUUAUGGGCCUAUCGAACUGCCUACAAAACACCCAUAGACAUGACAUCUUUCAAGUUGGUAUAUAGCAAAUCGUGUCAUCUCCCAGUUGAAUUAGAGCACAAGGCGUAUUGCGCUAUCAAACUGCUCAAUUUUGAUAUGAAGACCGCAGGGGAGAAAAGAAAGCUUCAACUUCAUGAGCUAGAUGAGCAACGAUUAGAUUUCUAUGAGAAUGCUCGCAUUUAUAAAGAAAGGACUAAACGAUGGCACGAUAAGAAUAUCCUUCGAAGAGAGUUUACUCAAGGAGAUAUGGUACCACUUUUCAACUAUCGUUUGAAGCUUUUUUCGGGCAAGCUCAAGUCUAGGUGGUUCGGACCUUUUCAAGUCUGUGAGGUCUUUCCUAGUGGAGUUGUUGAAGUUUGGAGUGAAACAACGGGAUCUUUCAAGGUGAAUAAGCAACGAUUGAAGCACUACAUUGUAGGGGAACAAAACGAGAAAGGAGUCACUUAUACCUUAUUUGAUCCCCCUUCGCCAGAGAAUUGA